AUGGAAGUUAAGUUGGACGAAGAUGUAGAUGAUGGAUCAGAGGUGGAUAUGAGUAGUGCAAUAGAUGAGUUAUGGAAAAGGUUUAAGUCACUGGAUGUUGUUGGGAAAAGGGCAUUAAAAAGUAGGGUUUUUGAACUUGCCUUCCCUACAAUGACUUCUAUGUGUCCACCACCUGAGAAAAUAAAAACUAAAGGGGGAGUCAAGAAGAAAGACAAAAAAACAGUAGGAUAUGAUUCAUAUAUUGAUGAUGUAGUUAAUGUUGUAUCAGAUGGUAAUUAUGGAUUCUGA